GCAGCGGCCGCGGCGAUGGCGGACAGCGCCAGCGAGAGCGACACAGACGGCGCGGGGGGCAGCGGCGUGGCGCCGACGGGCUGCGCGGCGGGGCCCGGCGCGGGGGGCGGCAAGGCGGGCGGCAUCGUGAUCUCGCCGUUCCGGCUGGAGGAGCUGACGAACCGGCUGGCCUCGCUGCAGCAGGAGAACAAGGUGCUGAAGAUCGAGCUGGAGACCUACAAGCUGAAGUGCAAAGCGCUGCAGGAGGAGAACCGCGACCUGCGCAAGGCCAGCGUCACCAUCCAAGCAAGGGCAGAACAGGAAGAGGAGUUCAUCAGUAAUACUCUAUUUAAGAAGAUUCAAGCUUUGCAGAAGGAGAAAGAGACACUUGCAGUAAACUAUGAAAAGGAAGAAGAAUUUCUCACUAAUGAACUCUCAAGGAAACUGAUGCAGCUACAGCAUGAAAAGGCUGAACUGGAGCAGCAUUUAGAGCAGGAACAGGAGUUUCAAGUGAACAAGCUGAUGAAGAAAAUUAAAAAACUGGAAAACGAUACCAUUUCUAAGCAGCUCACUUUGGAGCAGCUAAGACGAGAGAAGAUUGACCUUGAAAAUACAUUGGAACAAGAACAAGAAGCACUAGUGAAUCGUCUCUGGAAGAGGAUGGAUAAACUUGAAGCAGAGAAACGAAUUUUGCAGGAGAAGUUAGACCAACCAGUCUCUGCUCCACCAUCACCUCGAGACAUAUCAAUGGAAAUAGAUUCCCCAGAAAAUAUGAUGCGACAUAUCAGAUUUUUAAAGAAUGAAGUAGAGAGGUUAAAGAAACAACUAAGAGCUGCACAGUUGCAACAUUCAGAGAAGAUGGCGCAAUAUUUAGAGGAGGAACGUCAUAUGAGAGAAGAGAAUUUAAGGCUCCAAAGAAAACUGCAGAGGGAGAUGGAGCGAAGGGAAGCUCUAUGCAGACAACUGUCAGAAAGCGAAUCCAGCUUAGAAAUGGAUGACGAAAGAUAUUUUAAUGAGAUGUCUGCACAAGGAUUAAGACCUCGCACUGUGUCCAGUCCAAUCCCGUAUACACCUUCACCAAGUUCUAGCAGACCUAUAUCACCUGGUCUAUCAUAUGCAAGUCACACAGUUGGUUUUACACCACCAACUUCACUGACUAGAGCCGGAAUGUCUUACUACAACUCCCCAGGCCUUCAUGUGCAACAUAUGGGACCGUCCCAUGGAAUUUCAAGGCCUUCACCACGAAGAAGUAACAGCCCUGACAAAUUUAAACGUCCCACUCCUCCUCCUUCUCCAAACACGCAGACCCCAGUCCAGCCACCUCCUCCACCUCCACCACCACCUGUGCAGCCUACAGUCCAAUCAACAGCAUCGCAGUCAGCCACUUUUCAGCAUUCAGUGCAUCCCUCCUCUCAGCCUUAGUGCAUGUGCUCAGCAGUCUGUAUUCAGAGUUGGACUCAUAACACGGAGCAGUUUACUAAAAGCCAAAGGCUUACCUGGCAUAUUUGGAUUUGACUUACUUGCACUGAGGUUAUAUAGGCUUCAUUGUUAAUUGUGUUGUAAACAUUUGUCUAAAAAUGCAGCCAGUGUUGUGGGUCUACAACACUAAUUUAACAAAAUUUUCCAUCAGUGUUUACUUGAACUACAUGUAUGUCCAUUCUCUGGCUGGAACAUUUGCUACUCUCUUUGGUAAUACGGCAUUAUGUCGUUUUGCUUGGCUCCAAAGCUUCAUUUUCCUGGCUUUUAGGUUUGUAAAAUUAAAGGGAUAUCUUUUUAUAUUCUUUUCAUGACAAUUUGCAUAAAAUUACAGGCAUGAUGGGCUAUAUUAUAAAUUCCUAAAUAUUAACAGUGUUUACCAAGCAUACGGUAAAUCAGCACUACAUUUCAGUAAUCUGAAGAUACAGCUUUUAGUGCAAAAGUGAAAGUCAGACACAUUAAUCAGUGCCCAAGACUAUACUCUUAUUGUAUCACCUAAUAAAUACGCUUAAUACAGGUUCAGUAUUCAGUACACAUGACACAUUCAUACCUGUUUAAAAAAAAAAAAACCAAAAAAACAAAACCUCAAAUGUUUGGUGCAGUCUGAAGUUAAAUGUGGGGAAUCUAACUUGUCAAAGUAUAUGGAAUGUACAAGUCAUGACCUUAAGAUUUGAUUGUCUAAUUUAUCAUUUACGUUAACUUGUAAGCUGUCCAUACUGUAUGUUCUGUCACAAUGAACUUCUAUAAGUGUGGUCCUGCCAACAAGUUACUGGUGGCUGAUUAAAGUGUGCUGUUUGAUUUCUGCUGCAGAAGGCAAUGUGAUUGUAGAGAACAGCUGAUUUUUUUUUCUUGUUGAAAUAUGUUAAUUGUGAUUUCCCCUAAAACAAAGUUUGAACAACUAUUUUAAAUGUUCAAAAGACUAUUAGAGAAUAUGGUAUAAGAUGAAUAUUAUAGGAAUAUAUUGGCAUAACAGCCAAAAAUGUUGUAUUGCUUGGUAGAAACAGAACAGAGUACAGAGAAAGUAGCACAACAUGGCACUAAUGAAUGCUUAUUUAGCAGCCUAAGCCGGUACAAUGUAUGAAGAAAUGUAUUCUGAAUACAUUCUUUCAAUUCAUUUAGCACAAAUAAAUUGUUUGGUUUCACUUUGCAGUGGAACAAAGUGUCACUUUUUUCUUUAAUACUAGCAUCUUGCCUAGUUUUAUUUUUAAGUUCCUGUUGGCUAGGUUUAUAUAAUAUUGAUAUUUUUAAGUGGUUUACCUCAUAUAUUAGCAUACGUGGGCCAUGGAAAAAAUAAUUAGAAAAUGUGUAUUUGAGAAUAUGUAUCUGGUUCUAAUGAGAACAGAACAUCACAUACCUUAUUUGUUUACAAAAGCUUUUUGGCACACCUAACAUUUCAUUGAGCAUGUUCUUAAGAAGGAAAUUUAGAAAUUUGGAUAUUUACUAACGUACAUACAUUUUCAUAUUUGCCAUUCAACAACUAUGUAAAAAUAACAGGGUGAAAAUGGUAAUCAAUGAUAGCAAUCAAAAUAUCAAGUUAAAAUAGUGUUUUAAAAUGUUCAGUUAAGGUCAAAGCAAAAGUGGAAUUUCAUCAAUAUAGCUAUGUAGUUUCAGAUCUUAAAAAGAGUUUAGAAAAAUGUGUGUGUAUAUAUAGUAUGUUACAGUUGUUAAGCCAACAUGAGAUCAAGUGCAUUAUUAAAUGCCACUAGUUAGGUUGCAACUUUCUGGUAAAAUGGCACUGUCAAGGUUGAGACAGGCCUAAAAAUUGACCUAUGCGCCCAUCUGGAAAUUUUCAACUUUAUUUCUUUUUCUAACCACCUUUUCAACCCAUCUUUCUCCCUUCCAGUCAUGAAGCUCAGUAAACUGCUUGUAUACAAAUUGUCUGACACAGAAGAUGCUCACUGUUCUAAGUCUCAGCUGUGAGCAUUUUAUUAAAUAAAAUUUCUGAAGCAGUUGCAGGAUUGUAUUGGAAAAAUUACAGAAAGUCAAAAGUUAUAGUCCUGAUGGGACUAGUGGCACAAUAGAGUCAAUAUGUAGAUUUCACACUGUUUGUGUUUUUUUGUAAAUAUAACAAAUAGAAAAAAUAUAUAUUCCUACAAAUAAGAUUCCUGCUCAUGUAUAUCACUGACUGUUUAAAACAUAGUGCCCACCUUUCUAAAGUGCUUUGAGACUCUUGGACAAAAGGGGCUAUAUAUGUUUAAGCUAGUACUAGUGGUAGUGUAAAAGCUGGCUAAAGAAUAAGAGGUGUGUGAUAGUCUUGCUUUAAUAUCUUCAAAAAAAUUAAAAUAACCUAGCAUAAUUAAAAUUUUAAGCUUGGUGUAAAAUUGAAAUUCUGUAAUGCAAGGUUUGAGCAUUGUUAUAAGAUAUCACACAGUGAACUCUCCCUUAUUAGUGUGUGAUUUGUUGCUAGUUGAAAGCAAAGAACUGACAGAUGUAUACUAAAUGCUGAAAAUGUAACAAGGCGCUGAAGUGGCCUUACCUAGCUAAUAAGGUUGAACAAACAUUCUCUUGGAGACAGAAGUGUUAACUUCUAUUUGUAGAUUUUUGAAUAAGAUACAGAAUUGUGCACAUCCUUCUAAUAAACAUCAAUGGAUUUUCA